CUUUGAUUUUUAGCAAAUUAUAACAUAAUGUGAUCACCCAUGUAAGCAUUCACAUUGCCCAGUAACUGUUGUCGUUUUCCAAAUUUAUUUCUCAAACCUGGACGAUGUGAACAUUCACAUUAGUAUUGACUACUGUGUAAACUUACAGUACUAAACACUGAUGUGAAUGUUCACAUCACUGUAUAAUGAUGUCAAUGUUCCAAUUACUGUCAAUGCUGGUUGUUGAAUGUUGUUUGCUGCUUCGGGUUCCAUCCUCUGUGUUUCACCCAAUUACAUGUGCUCAUUUGAACACACAGGUCUUCCCCAUAAAGUUGAUGGCAAGCGAAAGCGAGGGGAAUCCCAUUUCAAAACCAAGCCUGGUCAAACAGCUGUUCCGGAAGAAGUGAACAUGAAAAAAGUGAACUACCGGUCAAAUCUAACUGGACUGGUCAAACUGUUAAAGGAUACGAAAUUUACAAGUGGCCAAUUGAAGUGCCUUAGGAAAACACCGUUCUGGCCAUUAUUUGAUAGGUUGAUCAGUAACGAAAUCGACCUCAGCCACUGCAUGAAAUAUGAUGAUGUGAUUGUACGUAUAGUACAAACAUUCAAGCAAUCUAGUGGAAGGUUUUACAUUGGGGAUAAGAACAUCCAGAUUUUUAGAAGCGACGUAUCACUGAUUUUUGGGGUGGACUGCGGCACCAAGUCGAUGGACCUCUCUUAUGGUGCAAAACCAACAUCCGGCAUCAUACACCGAAUGUGCAAGGAUGUUAGCCGGUUAAGUGCUGCCAAAAUACGAGAAAUUCUGAGGGAAGCAUUGAAGGGCACAAAAAAACAUGACGAUGAGGAGGUCGCAAGAUUAGUUUGCAUGUAUGCAUGCGUCAAGCUAUUCUUUUCUACAUCCGGAGAAACAAUUGGAUGGGUUUUCUACUCAUACAUGGACCCAUUACACAAGAUGAUCGAGUAUGAUUGGGCUGAGAGCAUCCGGGCAACCUUGAUGGGUUCAUUGGGCCAAAACUGUGGAAAACCAGGACGAGUCACCGGAUGUGUGAUGUUGUUAAUGUAUUGGCUGUGUGAGCAUACAACAAUCUUACAACCCCACAACCCCAAUGCCAUUCCACGAUGCGUAAAAUGGGACCUCACAGCCUUACAUAGCAACAUGAAGUCCAUAACUCUGGCUAAGCUAGGUUUAAAUGAGGUAUAUGGCGGCGAGCUAAUGGCAUCACCAACUGAAGCGAAGAUUUAUCGUCAUACAAAAUUGAAUGUGGAGCCAAAACCUGAGAUUUUGUCAAGUGCAGUAGCAAAAAAAGAUGAAAGCAAUGAGGAUCAAAGCAAAGAGUGA